CUCCCAGGCCAAUGUUAAUGGCCAGAAGAAUGACAGCCAUCACUGCCAGGAUCACUGGGAGCAGCCUGUAAGGAUUCUGACUGGAUUCAUGCCUCUGCAUGGACAUGGACACUACACAGAGGAGUGGUGGAUCAAGAUCAGACACAUGCAGACAGAUGACAAAGGUGGUUGGGCAGUUAUCACUUGCCCAUGUGGGGUUGUCUUUUCAGUAAAAUUCAACCUUAGAGCAGAGAGUCCACGUGACUUUGUCGACCUCUUGCUGUCCUGGAAACACCUCCCCAAUGUGGCUGUGUAUGAUUAUGCCAGGGGUCUGGCACUGCAUGCCAACCACAGGCAGCCAGGAAUAUUUGCCCCUUUUCAGGGAAGGUUACUGGAUCCCACCCCAGAAAACGUGAAGCAGGCCUCAGAGGGAAAGGUCCAUGUCAGCUUGCCCUGGCUGAAAUUUCAAAAAAAGCCAGCUGACAAAGAUGGUCACCCUCUUACUGGAUCUUCACAGCAUUUUGCUUUAAACGAUGUGUUCCACCAGGGGAACAGCAAAGACCAGUGUGAAGUUCUAAGAAAACUGGAGCUUGUUCCUGAACUUGCUGGUCUAAUUAACAGCCAGUGUGCCAAGCAGCUGUUUUCAGGGAUGAGAAAAAACAACUACUUUUUAAAUCAGACAACCCCAUCAACACACAUUUUUCUACAAAGAAACAUUCUCCACCAUUACAACAUGGCAAAAAACCAAACAAUCAAAAAUCAGUACAGCAAGAUUGUUCCUCCAGAUGUUUCAUUGCAGUUUGACACCCAUGGAAGGGUAGUCUUAGCUCACUCCCAAUCAGCUGCGAUGUCAACUGGGUCAUAUGGGAAAGAACAAGAAGACUCUCAUGAGUAUGAUUCAGAAGUAGAAAUGCAGUGUGACACCCUUGGAAUGGUAGUCUUAGCUCACUCCCCAUCAGCCGUGAUGUCAACUGGGUCAUCAGGGAAAGAACAAGAAGACUCUCAAGAGUUAAAUGAUGACAGUGAGCAGAGACCUCAUGGACACUUCCCUAGUCUCCACAAGUUUUCAGCACACAGAGCAUACUGGGGACAGAAACUCCAAGACAGCCAGGAACAACUGCUGUCUCAUGUCUUGGAUGAGACCAAAAGUCACACUCAGCACCUUGCAAUGGUGAAUAACAUCAUCCUGACCCGCUUUGACUUUUGGACUCUGGGUUUGCAGCAGGACAUGGAGGGAACGAUCCUGAACUCUUGUCUCAAAAUGAUUGAGAAGAGAGUAGAGAACCUGUUUGCUGCAGACAGCUAUGUCAUUUCCUCUUGGUUCCCACCAUCAUCGAGGAACCCCAUGGAUCACCUUCCGGAUAAUGCAGCCAGUCUGCAGUGGAUUAUUUUCCCAGUGUCCGUACCUGGACAUUGGACACUCUGUAGACGUAGCUCACAGCCUCUCUUCUGGCCCCUGGAGAGAGCUUGGUGUGGAUGAUGUCCAGGGCCUAACAAAGCAAGAGUUCUCCAACAACUGCAGCGUGUUUGUUUUGAUGUACACUCUGUACAUUGUAAUGGGGACCAAGUGCGAUUUCAGCGAGGAAAACAUGCUGCAAAUUAGGAGAUGGUGGUGUCUCACUCUCCUGCAGAACUUCCCCAUGCCGUCUGAAGAAGACCGAUUGCAGGACAGGAAACGGCGAUGAGUGGAAGGAGGGCUACAGGAGAAAUCGACACAAGGUUUUCCUUCUGUGCUGUGGCAACACUGGCACUACUGGGCAAGAUGGACAAAAUAAACGUGGACAAAGCCGUUGA